AUGUCGACCGUAAGCAUUGAUGGCGACAGUGGACAUCCGGGCGCGCCUUUCAGCGUGCCCACAGCGAUUGCGCUCGGAUUGAUGGCUAGCUUCAUCCAGAGUCUUGGGCUUACCAUCCAACGCAAAUCGCACCUGCUCAACGAAUCGUUGCCUCCCGCUCGCCGCAAGUCUGAGUGGAAUCGUCCCUUAUGGCUUAUCGGCUUUGCCAUCUUCCUCGUGGCCAAUAUCGGCGGUACUGUGUUUCAGAUCGGCGCGCUUCCCAUCGUCAUGCUUGCGCCGCUCGGCGCUGUCAGUCUGCUCUACAACGCUGUGUUGGCUCGCUUCUUGCUCAACGAUCUGCUGUCCAAGUACAUGGUCAUGGGUACCGCGUUGAUCGCAUCCGGCGCGGUUCUGAUCGGCUACUUUGGUGUCGUGCCCUCUCCGCCGCACAGUCUCGACGAGCUGCUCGAUUUGUAUGCUCGCCCCACGUUUGUGGCGUUUGCAACCAUCUUCACGUUUGUCUUUGUCGGCGUGCUCACAGUCGCGCAUCUGGCAGAUUGGCAACUGCACGCCCGUGUUCAUCGCAAUUCGCUUCCAGCACGCCCAACAAAACCCAAGCAUCGAAACGCGCACAGCCUCAGAGGUCGUCUGCGAAGACGAUGGUCGGCUCCUACUCUGGCACCCGUCGCCGAGGUCAACGAAAGCAGCUCCGGCAUCGCCACGCCUGUCUUGGCCAUCCGUGACGAGGCAAAUCGUCACUCUAUUCUCGGUCCCAGUCCACAGCAGAAUGUGCUGUACGGUCGAAGCAUCGUGGCUACUCCCAUGCCGCCUCUCUCUGCCUCGCAGCUUGUGCCAAUCGUUCCCGACGAUGUCUCUGUUGCUCGCCCAAAGCAAGUCGUACCCACAACAACCACCACGAAACGAGACUACGGCUCAAUCAGUCGUAGCGAAUUCAACGCGCGCAAGCGCAAAAAGAGCGUCGACGUGCCGCAUCUCGAGUUGAGACAAGCCGAGCAACGUAUCGAUGCAGAGACUCUCAAACAGACCAAGCUAGGUCUCUCAGUGGCCUACGGCGGUGCCAGUGGCACUCUUUCAGGCGCGUGUUUGCUGCUGGCAAAGUCUGGUGUUGAGCUUCUAAUGCUUACCUUUUCCGGUCAGAAUCAAUUUGCACAUUGGCAAAGUUGGCUACUGAUCGGUAUUCUCUUGGCGGCUGCUCUACUCCAGCUGUGGUAUCUCAACAAGGCACUCAAGCUCGCCGACCCGACAUUGGUGUGUCCACUGGCUUUCUGCUUUUAUAACACGUCAAGCAUUGCUCUCGGCCUCGUGUACUUUGACCAGAUUGGUGCGUUGGCGUGGUACGAUUUGUUGCUGGUCGCUGUAGGAACAGCGGUGCUUCUCGCAGGUGUUUGGACGGUGAGCUUGCAUGGCAAUGACGAGCCGUGUGAGGGAGGGUUGGUUUGUGGUGAUGGCGAAUCGCAGCCUUUGCUCUCGGCGUACGUUUCGUCGGAUGGCUCUCGCUCAAUUUCGGACACAGACUACGAAGCGCUACUCGCUGCCAAUCGCGCCGAGGUGACAGAAGCGCACUUACCACACGUCAGCAUCUCUCCGCACUCCUCCUCGCUCGUCGAUCAUCAACUGGCUCCGUUGACGAGUCCUGAAGAGGCGCCGUUGACGCUGCAUCAUCACGAAAGCGGUAUCAGCACCAGCACAAGAUGUGCACCGCAGCUUGGUGCAGGUACAGCAAAACGUCGUUCUGGAUCGCAUGGCCACCGGUCUGCCCAACGCAGACCUACCAUCACGCUCGAGUUUCCUCUGCGGGAUGACUUUUUUUCUCCCAACCACGACGCGACUUUGCAGUCGCCACUGGACUUGGAAGCUGGUGCGUCGCCUUCUGCAUAUCAUUCGCUGGAAUCAUCGCGUUCGGACCACGACACAUCAAGCAGCAGACGCAAGCCUUCGCUGUACAACAGCAUCCUUGAGCAUGGACUUUCGAUCGGCAUCAGCCCGAGCUCACCCGGAUUCCACCUGCAGCCACGCUCACCAUCGCUUUCCAGGGUCAACUCAAACUGGCAGCGGCCCGCACGUCAUACACACAGAAGCAUGUCCGAGGCCGACGCACCGUCUAACACUAACCACGGGACAAAGCAACGUCCAACUCACCCGGAUGCCAGCGAUACCUCGAGCGCUAACGCCGACACACAAGACUCCAACGCAAGCAGCAGCGGCUUUGGCAUCAUGCUCGACCAGAUAGAUCUCAGUAGACGGCUGGAAGCGCUCGGUCUUAGGGACAGGGGGAAAAGGUGGUGGGGCAGGUUCAGAACCAGAUGGGCUACAAGGCCGCAGGAGUCCUCGCAGCAGGCGCAGCGCGCGGAUGAUGAGUCGGUGAUCAUUACGAGUAACAGCAAUGGUAGUCUGAUGGCUGUUCCGAGCGAUGAAAUCCACGCGGGACGCGGUCUGGGGAUCGCAGUCGGGGCAGAUGCGGACGGGAGAUAA